GUACACGUGAGAUAAUCACUAUUGAGACAGAAAUCGGAGAGACACUGCAGCACUCGGGGACUUGUUACGACCCAGAGCCUGGAAUAACUAUAAUCUCUCAGUGUUUGGGUGUUUGGUGUGGUGUUUUGGUAUCAGGAUGGUGCAGAGGUUGAUGGUGGUGGGUAUAUUGGUGCUGUUAAUUGCUGCACUAGGAACAUUUUUGGGUGUGUUUUUUGGAUAUAGGGACAAACUUUCGUCAGUCGUCACUGAGAAAUCGUACGCACAUGCCGCCGUAGCAGCUGACGCCGGGACGUGCUCUGAAAUUGGCAGAGACAUUCUCCUGAAGGGUGGUUCUGCUGUAGACGCAGCAAUUGCUGGACUGUUAUGUGUAGGUUUAAUGAAUGCUCACAGUGCAGGGAUCGGAGGAGGCCUGUUUCUUACCAUUUACAAUGCUCACACAGGAAGAGUGGAAACAAUUGAUGCUCGUGAAACGGCUCCCGCUAACUCCUCUCAGGACAUGUUCGGGAACAGCACUGAGCUUUCACAGAAAGGAGGCCUUUCUAUCGCUGUUCCUGGAGAAAUUCGAGGAUACAAACUUGCUCAUAAGCGUCACGGCAAACUGGCCUGGAAAGAUCUGUUCACACCAAGCAUCGAACUCGCUGAGAACGGAUUUCCUGUGGGUAAAGCUCUCGCUGGAGCCAUUCACCAAAAACAAGAUAUUAUUCGCAAUGACAGAAAUUUAUGCUCAGUGUUCUGUAACAAAGAAGGAGACAUCCUAAAGGAAAAUGAUAUAAUUACCUUCCGUAAGCUGGCAGAGACUUAUCGGCAGAUUGCAGAGGAAGGUGCAGAUGCUUUUUAUAAUGGAACGAUUGCAGAAAAUCUCGUCAAAGAAAUUAAAAGUGCAGGUGGCAUUAUAACUAUGGAAGAUUUACAGAAUUACACUCCACUGUUAGAUGAAAACCCUCUGAAUGUAUCAGUGGGUGAUUUUACAAUGUUUGUGCCAAACGCUCCUUCGAGUGGUCCUGUUCUCAGCCUGAUCUUCAACAUACUGAACGGUUAUGACUUUACACCAGACAGCGUUUCCAGCACUCAGAAGAAAAUUCUCACUUAUCAUCGUAUAGUGGAAGCGUUCAAAUUUGCGUAUGCGAAACGCAGUGUUCUUGGAGACCCCAAAUUUCUAAACAUCACUGGUUUUAUCCAGAACAUCAUAUCUCAAAGCUAUGGAGAUUCAAUCCGUAAAAAAAUCACAGAUAACACCACACAAAACGAGAGUUAUUACGAACCGGAAUAUUUUCUUCCGGAAAAUCACGGAACGUCUCAUAUUUCUGUACUGGACAAAGAUGGAAAUGCAGUCGCUGCCACCAGCACCAUUAAUCAGUAUUUUGGUUCCAAGGUCCUGUCCUCGUCUACAGGAGUAUUACUGAAUAACGAGAUGGAUGAUUUCAGUUCUCCUCUGAUAGUUAACGGAUUCGGUGUUCCACCUUCCCCUAAUAACUUCAUCGUACCACAUAAGCGUCCCAUGUCCUCGAUGUGUCCUGCGAUCCUGUUUGAUAAAGAUAAUAAAGUUAAAUUGGUGAUUGGCGGCUCAGGAGGGACAAAAAUCACUACAUCAGUUGCUGAGGUCAUUUUAAAAUCACUAUUCUUCAACUAUGAUCUGGAGAAAGCCAUUUCGGAUCGCAGAGUUCAUCAUCAGCUCAGUCCGAACUUCACUGUGUUAGAGUCAGGCUUUGAUGACGCUGUAAUGGAAGGUCUUAUGAAGAAAAAUCACCUGAUUGAGAUCUUGACAUCGACGGGUGCUGUGAUUCAGGCGAUCCUACAAGACGAUAAUCGUCUUUACGCUGAAUCUGACCCUCGAAAGGGAGGACACGUUGCAGGAUACUGACGAACCCUGUUUCUUUCUUUUCCACUAUUUAUUCAUGUCUUCUGUUUUAGCAUUUAGCAUUUGUGUUAUUAAAUUGAUCAGACUGUCGUGUGGCCUUUCAUGCUGUGAUCAUGUGAGAGAUUACAGACUGAGGUUUACACCAGAAUCUGAUUUUGUGUCUUUGUAUGUGACUUAAGUUAAAAUUAAAGUUUGAUUUGGAA